UGGGAGGAGCCAGCAGCUCGGCCCGUGGCGGCGGGGAUUCCCCCCCGCGCUCCUGCGGCCCGCGCUCUGCCAUGACAACCAUCGGUGAGCUGCCCGAGGACGUCCUGGUGGAGCUGCUGUCGCUGCUGCCCGCCCGGGAGCUGCUCCGCACCUGCCGCCUGGUGUGCUCGCAGUGGCGCUACGUGGUGGACCUGACCACCCUGUGGAAGCGCAAGUGCCAGCGCGACGGCUUCUAUCGCCAGAGCUUGGACAGAAGCGUCUCUGACUGGAGGACCUUCUAUAUCCUCUGCCACAUGAAGAGAAACUUAAUCAAAAACCCUUGUGCUGAAGAGAACUUCCAGCACUGGACACUUGAUAAAAAUGAAGGAGAUAAAUGGAAAAUUGAGAAUCUGCCUGGAGCUCAUGGAAAUGUUAUGCCAGACGCCACAGUACACAAAUACUUCGUCACUUCAUAUGGGCCAUGCUUCAAGUCUCAACUCAUUACCCUGAAGAAAGAAGGCUACUGGAAUCAGCUGAUGGAUGAGAUACGGCCUGAAAUUACAGUCAAGGACUGGUACGCUGCCAGGUUUGACUGCGGGUGCCGCUAUGAGCUCACCGUGAGGCUGCUCUCCGAAGAUUACAUUGUCCUGGAGGAAUUCCACCCUGAGCCAGUGGUCAUUGAGCAGUGGAGUGAUGCCAAGUGGAGAGAGAUUUCUCACACCUUCCAGAAUUACCCAGAAGGAGUUCGUUACAUCUGGUUUCAGCAUGGAGGCCAGGACACGCAGUUCUGGGCAGGAUGGUAUGGGAUCCGUGUGACAAACAGCAGCAUCACCAUUGGGCCCCAGACAGCCCUAUGAAGCACAGUGUAAGGGUUUC